GAUAAUACCACCAAACAAUAUUCUUUUCUCUCUCCCUUUUCUUUCUGGGCUAUUUCUUCUCCACCCACAACCACAAAAGCUCAAAAUUAUUGUUUUGCAAACAAAAUUCUUCAGUUGAGUAAUUAAUUAUCUGUCUUUUGUUAUCUUUUGGAAUUAACCUUUUGUUUACUAUAUUCUUCUCCUCCUCCAACUUUCCCCUGAAAGGCUUGUUUCUUUUUCUCUGUUCCAUUUGUGUAAGCAAUCAUGGCUGUUUCCUUUCCCAUAUCCACCCACUUAGAAAUAUAUUGAUUAUUCUUCUUUCACUUCUUGGCAUAAACUCUCAUCAGGACCAUAUAGCUGACUUUAAGGUGGUCAUAACAACUACUAUAUUGAGAAGAAGACUUUGGAUCAAGGAUUGCUAAAAGGUUUGCUUAUACGUAGUUGAAUAUUAUCUCUCCAGCUUCACAAUGCCUCCAAUAUAUUUUCCACUUCGGUGGGAAAGCACCGGAGACCAAUGGUGGUACGCUUCUCCAAUUGAUUGGGCAGCGGCGAAUGGUCACUAUGACCUGGUGAGGGAACUGCUCCGCAUAGACAGCAACCACCUCAUCAAACUCACAUCUCUGCGCCGAAUUCGGCGUCUUGAGACCGUGUGGGACGACGAGGAGCAGUACCAUGACGUGGCCAAAUGCCGCUCCCAGGUGGCGCGGAAGCUCUUCCUUUAUUGUGAGUCCAAGAAAGGGGGGAAGAAGAACUCCCUCAUCCGCGCAGGCUACGGCGGAUGGCUUAUCUACACGGCUGCCUCGGCGGGGGACUUGGGGUUUGUGCAAGAAUUGCUUGAGAGAAACCCUCUGCUUGUGUUUGGUGAAGGAGAGUACGGUGUGACUGAUGUGCUCUACGCUGCAGCCAGGAGCAAGAGCUGUGGCGUUUUCAGGCUGCUGCUGGACUUUGCGUGUUCUCCGAGGUUUACGACGGAGAAGGGCGGGGAGUUGGAGGAGCGUGUUGGGGAUAUUCCUUCUGUUUACAAGUGGGAGAUGGUGAAUAGGGCUGUCCAUGCUGCUGCUAGAGGUGGGAAUUUAAGGAUUUUGAAGGAACUUCUUGCUGAUUGCUCUGAUGUUUCCGCUUAUAGAGAUGCUCAUGGCUCAACUAUACUGCACACGGCUGCUGGGAGAGGCCAAGUUGAGAUACUGAAGUAUCUCAUAGAGAGUUUUGACAUGAUAAACUCCACAGACCACCAAGGCAACACAGCGUUGCAUGUGGCUGCUUACAGGGGCCAAUUAGCCGCAGUUGAAGCUCUAAUAUCUGCAUCUCCUUCAUCAGUUCAUCUUAAGAACAAGGCCGGCGAGACUUUUCUCCACAAGGCCGUGUCCGGCUUCCAAGCUCUUGCUUUCAAAAGACUAGACAGACAAAUUGGGCUCCUGAGGCAGUUGGUAUGUGGGAAAGUUUUCAACAUUCAGGACAUCAUCAACGCCAAGAACAACGAGGACCGAACCGCGCUUCACGUGGCCAUCAUCGGCAAUGUCCACACGGACCUCGUGCAGCUCCUGAUGACUGCCAAGUCCAUUGAUGUCAAUGUCACCGACGCCGACGGCAUGACCCCGCUCGAUUACCUCAGGCAAAGGCCUCGUUCCGCUUCGUCAGAUGUACUAAUCAGACAGUUAAUCUCAGCUGGAGGGAUGUUUGGUUCUCAGGACUACAAUACAAGAAAAGUCAUCGUCUCGCGGCUUAAGAUGCAGGGCAAUGGAAGCAGCAGCCCCGGAUCGUCGUUUCGGAUAUCUGAUACUGAAAUAUUCUUGUACACAGGGAUUGAGAACAUCUCAGACGGCAGUGCUGAACACGGCAGCACAGGACUAAUGAGCCCGGCCUCACUGGAGCUAACUCCAUACGACUCGGCUGUUGAGAAUCGGAGCUCAUUCGCAAGUGCUAAGCCUACUUCUGUAAACAAUGCUGCACAAAUUUUCAAACAAGUCCUAAAUUGGCCACGGAUCAAAGACAAGUGGCCUCAGAAAGUGAAGAAAUCUGUUGGAGAUCACGAAGGUUCAAAUGUUGAGUCAAACAAGAACAGCUCAGAUGUCGAUCCACCAACCCCACUUAGGAAGAGAUUCUCAAAGCCUUCAUCACCUUCCAACAACAACAAAAGAACACUUUCCGUGAGGAGUAACCAGUCAAGUCCAUCUGCAAAGAAGAAGCUAGCUUCAGGCAUAAGAAAUGGGGUCAUGCAGGCCAUACCCCAGAGAACAGUCCCGCACCGAUCCCGCUCCAGCUCGUUCUCGAAAUCGUCGAUAUCUUCUCCGACUUCGUUGGAUAAACAAAAGGGUAUCUGCAUUGAAGGUGAUAUUGCAGGACCAUCUUGCUCAAACCAAGUGGUAAUUGAUGGUCCAAAUCCCAAUUCGGUGAAACAACAACAACAGCAACAAGGCAAUGCCAAUAGUACCAAGAGGUUGAAGAGCCAGUAUUUCUGUUUUGGCACAGCAGGAGUAUCUGUUAAAAGCCCAGUUAGCAGGCAACAACAGAACAGCCAAAGUUACAAACGUCCUGUUGCUUUGGUGGCUUGAAUUCUACUUAGCUCAAUUUGAGGCCUUUAAUCCUGGACUAAUAUCAGCAAGUUAAAAUAGCUGUUUAAUUACUAGAACUUUUUUUUUUUCUUUUCAAUUUGCUUGCAUCUUUGUUUGUUUUAUUCACUUAGAGAUGUAGUUGUAUCAAGUACUUGGCAUGUAUCUUGUGUGGACCUCC